ACCACUAUAUCAUACAAGGAAGAGGAAGAGGUGAAUCCCCUCUUGGAACUCACGUAAAAGUCAAUAUAAAAUGCACCCUUCAACUUCAUGACAUGACUGAUCGUUUGAUCGCUCUUCCCUUGAAAGUCAAGCGCGCAAGCGCUCGACGCUAUCCGUCCUUCAAUCCUUUCAGUACUACCUGAGCUUCCGUGCUUUCACGAUGCGCGGAUCACCACCGUCUAUUCAAAAGUCAAGUCCGGUCGCGAUCGCGUACGAUCAUGAGAAAUACGUGCGGCUGAGCAUUCAGCAGACCCGUUGGAUACUGAAGUCAAUCGGCGCCUGGCCGAGAUCACUCGAAUCCACCUCUCCGUUAAACAGAUACGCGCACUUGCUGAUGAACGUAAUUUGCAUCGGUCUGGUCAUCUUCCUCUUCGUCCCGUGCGCCUUAUUCGUCGCGCUCGAAGUCGAGGACACGUACAGCACCUUGAAGUUCACCGGGCCGCUGAGCUUCUGCCUGAUGGUAUUCCUGAAGUACAUCUCGAUGAUCUUUCACGGAAAAGAUAUCCGCGUGUGCGUCGAGCACGUCAAAAGCGACUGGAUGAACACGCGGCAUCGCGGUGAUCGCGCGAUCAUGGUCAGGAACGCGGAGUUCGCCCGUCGUCUCGUGAUGAUCUGCACGAUCUUCACGUACGGCAGUGCCGCGUUCUAUCACAUCGCCAUGCCGAUCAGCGCGGGCAAGAUUACGGAGGAGGACAGUAACAUGACGUAUCAGCCACUGGUGUAUCCGGUCGCUAGGGCGAUCGUCGACACGCGUCACAGUCCGAUUAGUGAGAUUUUCUUUUGGAUACAGUGCGUAGCGGGUUUCGUUACGCAAGCGGUCACAGCCGCCGCCUGUUGUUUGACUGUCGUUUUAGCGAUACACGCUUGCGGCCGUUUGGAGGUUCUCGUACAGUGGAUCGUGCAUCUGGUGGACGGGCGAGAGGAUUUUUGUAACAACGUGGACGAGAGGCUGGCGAUAAUUGUGCGAGAACAUGUGCGAAUUUUGCGUUUUAUAUCGUUAACGGAAAAAGUAUUGCACGAAAUAUCUCUCGUGGAAAUUGUAGGAUGUACGCUAAACUUGUGUUUUCUUGGAUAUUACGUUAUCAUGGAAUGGGAGAUCGGCGAUUUCGCAACUUACGUAACAUACGUUAUUCUGCUUAUAUCUUUCACCUUCAAUAUCUUCCUAUUUUGUUAUAUAGGUGAACUUGUCGCCGAGCAGUGCAAGAGGAUUAGUGAAAUAUCGUACAUGAUCGAUUGGCAUCGUCUAGCGGGAAGGAAAGCUCUCGCUGUUAUAUUAAUGAUCGCGAUGUCCAAUUCAUCGGUCAAACUUACUGCUGGAAAUAUCAUCGAUUUAUCAAUAAGCAGUUUCGGUGAUGUGAUUAAGACGUCGGUUGCCUACUUGAAUAUGUUACGUAAACUAACUUCUUAAAAAUUUUCUUCUUAAAAAAG